UACACCGGCGCGCGCCCCGCUCCGCUUUCAAUCCGCGGACUUUUGCCCUCCCGACUUUUCAACUUGUAGAGAUAAGCCGAGCGCCGCCACACCGCAGCUUCGACAUGUUUUCGCCCAAGUUACCCAGAAACCCGUCCAAAAAUGAGUCCCAGCCGCCGGAGAAGAUUUGUAUGGUUGAAUGUCGCUGCGAGCCGGACUGCACCUGCAGCAUCAACUCCGCGAGCGGUGGCGCGAGACGCUGCCCGGCCGAACGGAAGGGGCAAGGACAUGUGUCUGAGAAACAAGGUUUUGACAACGUGGCCUACGAGUAUGGAAGCCAGAGUGAGCUCUCCCAUUUAUCCAAACCUCCCUGCAGAGCCAGUUUUAAACUCCUGGGACUCACCUCUGAGCGCCAAGCCAUGGAAAGCACACUCAGCAGCCUGAAGGGAGUUCUUGCUGUCAUUUGGUCUGUACCUGAAAGUUUGGUCCAGGUGGACUAUGAUAGCUCAGCUACAACAACCAAAGAGAUCGCCCUGCAGCUCCAGGCUCUAGGAUGCAGCGUGGAAACAGUAGUGCAGAUCAAAGUGCAAGGCAUGCACUGCCACUCCUGUGUGCAGUCCAUUGAGGGACUGAUCGGAGAGCUAAUGGGGGUUUCGCAUAUUCAAGUGUCUCUUCAAGACAGUGUUGCUGUUAUUGUGUUUCAGCCUCUCCUCGUUACACAACAGGAGCUGAGAAACAAGAUUGAGGACAUGGGGUUUGAUGCCACCUUAUUACCUGAGGAUCCAUCCAGUGGAGACUUAAGCUACUGGCAGAACGAAACGUUGAACAUGACCCUGCAGACUGCAACUGUUUGGAUUGUAGGGAUGACUUGCAUCUCAUGUGUGCAAUCGAUAGAAGGCAGGAUUUCUCAAAUGAGAGGAGUGAAGUCCAUUACAGUGUCCUUGAAAGAGGAAAAGGGAACAAUAAGCUUUGACCCCAGUGUGACGGAGCCGGAGCAGCUUAGGGCAGCCAUCGCGGACAUGGGCUUUGAUGCAUCACUUAAAGAGCCUGUAAAUAGCAUCAAGAGCCAUAACAAGUCUGGACCAGUUGGCUCUGGACUGUCUGAUCAUCCUGACCUACAGACAUCCAGCAGGGCGGGAGUCAGCAAUGGAUCUGGAUCGCAGGGAAACUCUAUAAGCUGUGAUCUAAACCCCCCUGAGAAAGUACAGAAAUGCUUCAUUUGUGUGAUGGGAAUGACCUGCGCCUCCUGUGUAGCCAACAUCGAGAAACACCUGCUCAAAAAGAAGGGAAUUGUCUCUGUGUUGGUGUCGCUCAUGGCUGGAAAGGCAGAGGUGAAGUAUGAUCCAGACCUCCUGGAUGCUGCAGCUGUGACUCAGUUCAUAGAGGACUUAGGUUUCGGUGCCAAGCUGAUAGAGGAUAACGCAGUGACUCAUGGGAAACUGGAUCUCACCAUAACAGGCAUGACAUGCGCAUCAUGCGUGCACAACAUUGAGUCUAAACUCACCACUACCAAAGGGAUCCUUGGAGCUUCAGUUGCCUUGGAAACCGAAAAAGCACAGAUCCAGUUUGACCCUGAGGUUCUCGGAGCGCGAGAUAUAAUCAGGAUCAUUCAGAGCCUUGGGUUCGAUGCCAGUCUGGUGAAGGAGGGGUUCAAAAACAACCUGGAUCACACAGAAGAAAUCCAACAAUGGAAGAAUUCCUUUCUGCUCAGUCUUGUGUUUGGCCUGCCCGUCAUGGGCCUCAUGAUCUACAUGAUGGUGAUGGACAGCCAGCACAAGGAACACGGAGGCUCCAUGCCUGAGGAGCAGAACAUACUGCCGGGUCUAUCCCUCCUCAACCUGGCCUUUUUCCUGCUCUGUACACCUGUGCAGAUCUUCGGAGGUCGGUACUUUUACAUCCAAGCGUAUCGCUCUUUAAAACACCGAACAGCCAACAUGGAUGUUCUGAUUGUGUUGGCCACCUCCAUCGCCUACAUCUACUCUUGCGUGGUCCUGAUCGUUGCCAUGGUAGAGCAUGCCAGCCAGAGCCCUGUUACCUUUUUCGACACUCCACCAAUGCUCUUUGUGUUCAUCGCUCUGGGACGAUGGCUGGAGCACAUCGCCAAAAGCAAAACUUCAGAAGCUUUGGCCAAAUUAAUGUCAUUACAAGCUACAGAUGCCACUGUGGUCACUUUGGGACCUGAUCACUCCGUCAUCAGUGAGGAGCAGGUGGUGGUGGAGCUGGUUCAGCGAGGGGACAUCGUGAAGGUCAGCCCUGGAGGAAAGUUCCCCGUCGACGGGAAAGUGAUUGAGGGCAUCUCCAUGGCAGAUGAGUCCUUGAUUACAGGCGAGCCGAUGCCUGUUAGUAAGAGGGUGGGCAGUCUGGUGAUCGCGGGCUCCAUUAAUGCUCAUGGUGGUCUUCUGGUGGAGGCCACUCACGUCGGUGCUGAAACAACUUUGUCUCAGAUUGUUAAACUGGUGGAGGAAGCCCAAACCUCAAAGGCCCCCAUCCAGCAGUUUGCAGACAGACUCAGUGGCUACUUUGUUCCCUUCAUCGUCCUUGUUUCUCUGCUGACAUUGGUAGCCUGGAUGGCCAUUGGCUUCGUCAACUUUGACAUUGUGAAAGAAAACUUUCCGGGUUACAACCAGAACAUCUCCAAGGCCGAAGUUAUCAUCCGCUUCGCCUUCCAGGCGUCCAUCACUGUUCUGUCCAUCGCCUGCCCCUGCUCUCUGGGGCUGGCGACCCCGACGGCUGUCAUGGUGGGAACAGGGGUUGGAGCUCAGAACGGGAUUCUCAUUAAGGGAGGCGAGCCGCUGGAGAUGGCCCACAAGAUCGGUGUGGUGAUGUUUGAUAAAACCGGUACGAUUACAAACGGUGUGCCGCAGGUGACCCGUGUGCUGGUGUUGUGGGAAAUAGCCCGCAUGCCCCUGAGAAAGAUCCUUGCAGUGGUGGGCACAGCAGAGGCCAGCAGCGAGCACCCGCUGGGCAUAGCAGUGGCCAAACACUGCAAAUAUGAGCUGGGCUCUGAUGUCCUGGGAUACUGUAAGGACUUCCAGGCAGUGCCCGGCUGUGGGAUCAGCUGCAAGGUGUCGAACGUGGAACAUCUCCUGCAGCAGCAGACUGACGACAGCUUCCUGCUUUCUGGCGCCACCACUGAUGAAAGCAGCCUGCUCUCUGAGGGGGACUCCAUUUCUUUAGCUGAGGGAGCAUCUUACUCAGUCCUGAUCGGGAACAGGGAGUGGAUGAGGAGAAAUGGCCACCACAUCAAAGCAGAUGUUGAUGCGGCCAUGUCGAGCCACGAAACAAAAGGGCAGACAGCCAUACUGGUGGCAGUAGAUGGUGUUUUGUGUGCCAUGUUCGCCAUCGCAGACACAGUGAAAGCCGAGUCAGCAUUAGCCGUGCACACACUGAACAGCAUGGGCAUCGAGGUGGUCAUGAUAACAGGAGACAACAGGCGCACAGCCAAAGCCAUAGCAGCACAGGUGGGGAUCAGAAAGGUGUUUGCAGAGGUGCUGCCAUCACACAAAGUGGCAAAAGUUCAGGAGCUGCAGGAGCGAGGCCUGAAAGUGGCCAUGGUGGGAGAUGGCGUCAAUGAUUCGCCUGCCCUCGCCUCUGCUGACGUCGGGAUUGGAAUCGGCACAGGAACUGACGUGGCCAUCGAAGCAGCUGACAUUGUCCUGAUCCGAAACGACCUCCUGGACGUGGUGGCCAGCAUCGAACUGUCGAAGAAAACGGUGCGUCGCAUAAGAAUCAACUUUGUCUUUGCUCUCAUUUACAACCUCCUGGGUAUUCCAGUGGCAGCAGGCGUGUUCAUGCCCGCUGGCCUGGUGCUGCAGCCCUGGAUGGGUUCGGCUGCGAUGGCUGCCUCCUCUGUGUCAGUGGUUCUGUCCUCUCUGCUGCUCAAGAUGUAUAAGAAGACCUCGGCAGAGCUGUACGAGUCUCGUGCGCAAGGCCAAAUGAGGAGCCUUCGCUCAUCUCAGAUCAGCACACAUCUGGGUCUUGACGGAAGACGGCGCAGCCCAGUUCUUCCCACUACAUCUCGGGCACAGUUAGGCCAGAUCCCUGUAUCCACACCCAGCCUCUCCAACCGACCAUCCGCUCCAGGGCCGUCAGACAAAGCAGCUCCGGAGCAGGAUCGGUACUCACUCCUGGAUCAGCAGACUGCUAAUGACCUUAAUGUAUAGUUAAAGGGAAGAGAGGAACCCAGUUUCUACUUGGUUCUCAUGUUUACAAAUUCAGAGAAGCUUUUUAUGCAAAAGUUUUGUAUAUUUAUAUAAAAAUACACAUUUUCUUAUAUUUUGGUGAUACACAUGCUGUAUAUUUAGCUUCUAUGAACUCUAAUCUAUGACUUUCCUUCAUCUAAGUUUUACUGAAGCAUUAUGUGUCCGGUAGCAGGAGCUACUGAAUGAAAUCUUCUAUAUGAAAUCCUUAAAAAAACUGCUUAAAAAUGCACUUUUACAACACCUAGAAUUCAAAGUAAAACUACUGUGCACUUUUUCUGUGUGGAUAAGGCUGUCAGUGGCUGUGUUGAUCUGCGAGGUUAUAAAUAAUGCAUGUGUUGAUAGAGAAAAUAACUUUCUUUGUAAAACUCCA